CCAUCGCGGCUAGGGUUUAAGCUUCUGCCUCCAUCGACCCAGACUCUAAUAAAAAAGCACAGCACAACUCAAACAGAAGCAGCGAUGUUCCCAGGAAUGUUUAUGCGCAAACCCGACAAGGCGGCGGCCUUGAAGCAGCUGAAGGCACACGUGGCUAUGUUUGGGGUCUGGGUAGCCGUGGUUCGUGUCACCCCUUACAUUCUUCAUUACCUCUCUGAUGAAAAAGAUGAGCUAAAGCUCGAGUUCUAGAGUCAGUGGGUUUACAAGGAGAGAAUUUGAUUAGAACAUAAAGGAGUAUGCAAGUUCCGUGUUCAUUCUUGCUUUAGUACGAGGCCGAAGUGCAAUCACAAUAGGUUUUUUGUGUUCUUGCCUGUUAGUCUUGUAUUUAAGAAAUGAAACUUGUCAUAUCUACUUGAAUAUACAUUUAUCUGGUUAUCU